AUGAAUAACAAAUUUCUGGGUACCUGGAAACUCAUCUCCAGUGAGCACUUCGAUGAUUACAUGAAAGCUCUGGGGGUGGGAAUAGCCACCAGAAAACUGGGAAACUUGGCCAAACCCAGUGUAAUCAUCAGCAAAAAAGGGGACACUAUCACAAUAAGGACUGAAAGUGCCUUUAAAAAUACUGAGAUUUCCUUCAAGUUAGGCCAGGAAUUUGAAGAAAUCACAGCUGACAAUAGGAAAACAAAGAGUAUUGUAACCAUGACAAGAGGGGCAUUGAAUCAAGUGCAGAAAUGGGAUGGCAAAGAGACAACUAUUAAGAGAAUGUUGGUGGAUGGAAAAAUGGUAGUGACUGCCCUUGACUCACUGCAGAGUCUCCAGAAUGAUCCCUCAUCUGUUUGA